GUAGCAUUAUUAUAAUUGAUCUUCCUCCUUUCGCAGACUCUCGCUCAGUCUCACUUGGGGACGAAGACGAAGCCAACAACAAGAAGUAGAGGGAAACCCAACGCUUCCGACGAUUGCAACAACGGCGACGACAAAUUAAGAGUUGAAGAGCAGCAGCGAGAAUUGCGGCGAGAUUAAUCGCAGUAGCUUGAUGUCGUCGCUGGUUACAACUUCCUUCGCCACGACCCAGCUGCCCAAUCCCAUCACCAAAUCCGAUGUGCUCGCUCGCAGGAGCUUCUUCCUCCACUCCUUCGUCCCCCGGAGGACUCUCCUCCGCAGCGUGCGCCGCGGCGGCGUGACCUGCGCCGCCGUCGGCAACGGCCUCUUCACGCAGACCAAGCCAGAGGUCCGGCGCAUCGUCCCUGAUCCCUCCGGCGGCCUCCCCCGCGUCAAGGUCGUCUACGUCGUCCUCGAGGCGCAGUACCAGUCCUCGCUCUCCGCCGCCGUGCUAGCCCUCAACGCCGCUCGUCGGCACGCAGCCUUCGAGGUCGUGGGCUACUUGGUCGAGGAGCUGCGGGACGAGGAGACGUACCGCACCUUCUGCGACGACCUGGCCGACGCCAACGUCUUCAUCGGCUCGCUCAUCUUCGUGGAGGAGCUGGCGCUGAAGGUGAAGGCGGCGGUGGAGCAGCAAAGAGAGCGGAUGGACGCCGUGCUGGUCUUCCCCUCGAUGCCGGAGGUGAUGCGACUCAACAAACUCGGCACUUUUAGCAUGUCCCAAUUGGGGCAGUCCAAGAGCCCCUUCUUUCAGCUCUUCAAGCGCAACAAGAAGCAGUCCGCCGGCUUCGCCGACAGUAUGCUAAAGCUGGUGCGCACCCUCCCCAAGGUGCUCAAGUACCUGCCGAGCGACAAGGCCCAGGACGCCCGCCUCUACAUCCUCUCCCUCCAGUUCUGGCUUGGCGGCUCCCCGGACAACCUCCAGAACUUCCUCAAGAUGAUCGCCGGUUCCUACGUCCCCGCACUCAAGGCCGCUAAAAUCGAGUACGCCGAACCCGUCCUCUUCCUCGACAGUGGCAUCUGGCAUCCGCUCGCCCCCCGCAUGUUCGACGACGUCAAGGAGUACCUCAACUGGUACGGCACCCGGCGAGACGCCACGGAGAGGCUCAAGGAACCCAACGCCCCCAUCAUCGGGCUGGUCCUGCAGAGGAGCCACAUUGUCACCGGCGACGACGGACACUACGUCGCGGUGAUCAUGGAGCUCGAGGCUCGCGGCGCUAAAGUAAUCCCCAUCUUCGCGGGCGGGCUUGACUUCUCGGGACCAGUCGAGAGGUACUUGAUCGACCCGAUCACGGGGAGGCCAUUCGUCCAUGCCGUGGUGUCGCUCACCGGGUUUGCGCUCGUGGGUGGCCCGGCGAGGCAAGACCAUCCGAGGGCGAUCGAGUCGUUGAGGAAGCUCGAUGUGCCUUACAUUGUGGCGCUGCCGCUGGUGUUUCAGACCACCGAGGAGUGGCUCAACAGCACGUUGGGUUUGCAUCCGAUCCAGGUCGCUCUGCAGGUGGCCCUUCCGGAGCUUGACGGUGGGAUGGAACCGAUUGUCUUCUCCGGCCGGGAUGCAAGAACAGGCAAAUCGCAUGCACUGCAUAAGAGAGUGGAGCAGCUAUGCACGAGGGCCAUUCGAUGGGCAGAGCUGAAGAGGAAAUCUAAGGAGGAGAAGAGAGUGGCAAUCACAGUGUUCAGCUUCCCACCGGACAAGGGGAAUGUAGGAACAGCAGCUUAUCUCAAUGUCUUCUCCUCCAUCUACUCUGUCCUCAGAGAUCUCAAGAGAGAUGGCUACAAUGUCGAUGGCCUUCCCGACACCCCGGAAGCCCUUAUCGAGGACGUCAUCCACGACAAGGAGGCCAAGUUCAGCAGCCCCAACCUGAACGUAGCCCACAAGAUGACCGUCCGCGAGUACCUGGCUCUCACUCCCUACGCCUCUCUGCUGGAGGAGAGCUGGGGCAAGCCCCCCGGCAACCUCAACUCCGACGGCGAGCACCUUCUGGUCUAUGGCAAGCAGUACGGCAACGUCUUCAUCGGCGUUCAGCCCACGUUUGGCUACGAGGGCGACCCCAUGCGACUGCUCUUCUCCAAGUCGGCGAGCCCCCACCACGGCUUCGCCGCCUACUACACCUUCGUGGAGAAGAUAUUCAAGGCGGACGCCGUGCUCCACUUCGGCACGCACGGCUCGCUCGAGUUCAUGCCCGGGAAGCAGGUCGGCAUGAGCGACGUCUGCUACCCCGACAGCCUCAUCGGCAACAUCCCCAACAUCUACUACUACGCCGCCAACAACCCUUCCGAGGCCACCAUCGCCAAGCGCCGGAGCUACGCCAACACCAUCAGCUACCUGACGCCGCCAGCAGAGAACGCCGGGCUCUACAAGGGGCUCAAGCAGCUCGCUGAACUCAUCUCCUCCUACCAGUCGCUGAAGGACACCGGUCGCGGCCCGCAGAUUGUGAGCUCCAUCAUCAGCACCGCCAGGCAAUGCAACCUCGACAAGGAUGUGCUUCUGCCGGAGGAAGGCGAGGAGCUCUCUCCCAAUGAGAGGGACCUCGUGGUCGGCAAGGUCUACUCCAAGAUCAUGGAAAUCGAGUCUCGACUUUUGCCGUGCGGACUCCAUGUGAUCGGAGAGCCUCCCUCGGCGAUGGAGGCAGUGGCCACGCUGGUGAACAUUGCGGCGCUCGAUCGCCCCGAGGACGGCAUUUACUCACUUCCCGGCACACUGGCCGAGAGCGUGGGAAAGAACAUCGAAGACCUGUACAGGGGAAACGACAAGGGGAUACUGGCCGACGUCGAGCUCCUCCAGCAGAUAACAGAGGCGUCGCGCGGCGCCAUCUCGGCCUUCGUGGACCGCACGACGAACAAGAAAGGGCAGGUGGUGGACGUGGCGGAGAAGCUGACCUCGAUGCUCGGGUUUGGGUUGGUGGAACCCUGGGUGCAGUACCUGUCCAAGACCAAGUUCAUUAGGGCGGACAGGGAGAAACUGAGGACCCUGUUCGAGUACUUGGGAGUCUGUUUGAAGCUGGUGGUGGCGGACAACGAGCUCGGUAGUCUGAAGCAGGCGCUGAAAGGCAGCUACGUGGAGCCCGGGCCCGGCGGCGACCCUAUCAGGAACCCCAAAGUGCUGCCCACCGGGAAGAACAUCCACGCGCUGGACCCGCAGGCAAUUCCGACGGCCGCAGCGAUGGAGAGCGCCAAGGUGGUGGUCGAUCGGCUGCUGGAGCGGCAGAAAGCGGACAACGGAGGGAAGUAUCCCGAGACCGUCGCGCUCGUGCUGUGGGGCACCGACAACAUCAAGACGUACGGUGAAUCACUGGGUCAGGUGCUCUGGAUGAUCGGCGUGCGGCCGGUGGCCGACACCUUCGGCCGCGUGAACCGAGUGGAGCCCGUCAGCUUGGAAGAGCUUGGGCGGCCUAGGGUCGACGUCGUCGUCAAUUGCUCCGGUGUCUUCCGCGACCUCUUCAUCAACCAGAUGAAUCUGCUAGAUCGAGCGGUGAAGAUGGUGGCGGAGUUGGAGGAGCCGGAGGAGCAGAACUACGUGAGGAAGCACGCGCUGAAGCAGGCGGCGGAGCUCGGCGUGGCGGUGCGCGAGGCGGCGACGAGGGUGUUCUCUAACGCGUCCGGGUCGUACUCCUCCAACGUGAACCUGGCGGUGGAGAACUCGUCGUGGAACGACGAGAAGCAGCUGCAGGACAUGUACCUGAGCCGCAAGUCUUUCGCUUUCGACUGCGACGCGCCGGGGGCGGGGAUGACGGAGAAGCGGAAGGCGUUCGAGAUGGCGCUGAGCACGGCGGACGCGACAUUCCAGAACCUGGACUCCUCGGAGAUCUCGCUGACGGACGUGAGCCACUACUUCGACUCGGACCCGACGAACCUGGUGCAGUCGCUGCGGCGGGACGGGAAGAAGCCGAGCGCGUACAUCGCGGACACGACGACGGCGAACGCGCAGGUGCGGACGCUGUCGGAGACGGUGCGGCUGGACGCGCGGACGAAACUGCUGAACCCGAAAUGGUACGAGGGGAUGAUGUCCAGCGGCUACGAAGGGGUGCGGGAGAUCGAGAAGCGGCUGACCAACACCGUGGGUUGGAGCGCCACGUCGGGGCAGGUGGACAAUUGGGUGUACGAGGAAGCCAACUCCACCUUCAUCGACGACGAGGCGAUGCGGCAGCGGCUGAUUCAGACCAACCCCAACUCCUUCCGGAAGCUGGUGCAGACCUUCCUUGAGGCCAACGGCCGCGGCUACUGGGAGACGUCGGAGGAGAACCUGGAACGCCUGCGCCAGCUCUACGCUGAGGUGGAGGACAAGAUUGAGGGCGUCGAUCGGUGAUCCAAAUCGAGCGUAUCUACACUUAGAUUCCUAUUUUCAGAUACAGUGAGCGUUACGUUUGGAUUGGGAAAUUGGAUUGUUUGCUCGAAUGCACAUACCAAAUGAAAUGAAAUGAAAUAAUUUACCUGCUUGCUGCC